AUGAGCACAGCAGGAAAGGUAAUAAAAUGCAAAGCAGCUGUGCUGUGGGAGAUAAAGAAACCCCUUUCCAUUGAGGAGGUGGAGGUCGCACCCCCUAAGGCCCAUGAAGUUCGUAUUAAGAUGGUAGCCUCUGGAAUCUGUCGCACAGAUGACCACAUGAUUGCUGGUGCCUUUGUCUCUCCUCUCCCUGUGAUUCUAGGCCAUGAGGCAGCUGGCAUCGUGGAGAGCAUUGGAGAAGAGGUGACUACAGUAAAAUCAGGUGAUAAAGUCAUUCCACUCUUUAACCCCCAGUGUGGUAAAUGCAGAGUUUGUAAACACCCAGAACGCAACUUCUGUCUGAAAAGCGAUUUGAGAAAGCCUCAAGGGACCUUGCCAGAUGGCACCACCAGGUUCACCUGCAAGGGGAAGCCCAUCCACCACUUCCUGGGCACCAGCACCUUCUCCCAGUACACAGUGGUGGAUGAGAUCUCGGUGGCCAAAAUCAAUGCAGCUGCACCACUGGAGAAAGUCUGCCUCAUGGGCUGUGGGUUUUCAACUGGUUAUGGCUCUGCAGUCAAAGUAGCCAAGGUCACUAAGGGUUCCAGCUGUGCUGUGUUUGGCCUGGGAGGAGUUGGUCUGUCUGUUAUCAUUGGCUGUAAAGUGGCAGGAGCAGCCAGGAUCAUUGGAGUGGAUACUAACAAACAUAAAUUUGGAAAGGCCAAAGAAUUGGGUGCCACUGAAUGUAUCAAUCCUCAAGACUAUAAAAAACCUAUCCAUGAGGUGCUACAGGAAAUGACCGAUGGGGGUGUAGAUUUUUCAUUUGAAGUCGUUGGUUUGCUUGACACUAUGCUUUCUGCCCUGUUAUGCUGUCAUGAUGCAUGUGGUGUGAGUGUCAUUAUAGGGGUGCCUCCUGAUUCCCAAAGCCUCUCAAUGGACCCUAUGGCAUUAUUGACUGGACGCAUCUGGACAGGAGCACUUUUUGGUGGGUUUAAGAGCAAAGAUGCUGUUCCCCAACUUGUGGCUGAUUUUAUGGCUAAGAAGUUUUCAUUGGAUCCAUUAAUAACCAAUGUUUUACCUUUUGAAAAAGUUAAUGAAGGAUUUGACUUGCUUCACUCUGGAAAAAGUAUCCGUACUGUCCUGACAUUUUGA